AGUUUCAUCAAGCUUUCUGAUACUGUACUAGAGUAGUUAGAAAUACCAGGUACUUCAUUAAGAUUCAUUCUAAACACAUUUAACAUAACCCCAAAUAUCAGUUUUGCCUCCUUUUGCAAAACUAAAUCACUAACACCAAAUUUACAUCAUUUCAUCUUUCCAUCUUUCAAUCUUUCCAUCCAUUCAUUCCUUCAUUCCUUCAUUCAUUUCUCCUCAUUUGUAUCAAUAUUUUAAACUUAAAUAAAUCUCAUUCAUACCCAUUAUAUACCAUAUUGCUGUUUUGUCGUUCUAAAAUUUAACACCUCAAAAAAUAUAACUGAGUAAUUCUAAAAUUUACUACUACUAUCGCAUUAUAAUAUUAAAAAGAAAAUGGUUUUAAUUAAUGGGGUUAAAUAUGCCUGUGAAAGGUGUAUCAGAGGCCAUAGAGUAACUACUUGUACUCAUACUGAUCAACCAUUAACUAUGAUUAAACCAAAAGGUAGACCUGCAAGUCAAUGUCAACAUUGUCGAGAACAACGUAAAUUAAAAAAUUUACAUGUUCAAUGUACUUGUGGUAAAAAAGGUAAAUCCCCUGGUAUGCAUUUAGCCAGUUGUUUAUGUCAUAAAAAUAGUCAUUGUACUUGUUCAAAUAGUCAAAAGAAUUUAUUAAAUUCCGGUAAUGGUAAUAUUCAUCAUUUAAAUGCAAGUGAAAGAGCCAAGAAGAAAUCAUUAAUUUCUGCUGCAAAUUCAGAAUUGCCUAAUUUUCCAUCUUCUUCAACUUUCACUCCUUCAUUAAGUUCAAAUUAUAUCAUUGAAGAUGUUGUUGUCCCUUUCGAUGUAGGUAAUUCAACUGGAUCAGCUAAUGCUAAUGGUUUAUUUGAUUUAUUUUCAAGUAAUGGUGAGAUUCAAAAUACUAAUAAUUCUCAAGAUAAUUCCAUUAAUCAUUCUAUUUCCCAUACGAAUAGUAAUUCGGUCAAUAAUUCAAGAACUAAUUUAAUUGAUUCUAAUAGUAAUUCUUCUGUAUCACCAGUAACAUCUACUAAUUAUCAAAAUGGUAAUGGUGGUAAUGAAAAUUUAACUAAUAGUGAUAAUAAUGAUGAUAGAAAGGCUAACUCAUCCACUCCAAAUCCUUCUAACUUUCAUAUUAAAACUGAAGACAUUGAUAAUUCUCCCAAUUCUAUUUCUUUACGUCCUUCAUCUUCAGCUUCAAUUAAUCCUCAUAUUAAACAAAAGCAACAACAUCAACUUAAACCAGAUGAAGAAGAUCAUCCUUCCAAACUUGAUCUUGAUUUUAAAAAUGAAUUCGACCAAGAUUAUGAAUCUCAUUUGACUCCAACUGAAUUAGAUUUGGUAGAUAGAAUGUUUCCUUUAUUUCCGUUGGUUGGAAGCUUGAGUUUUGAUGAUGAUAAAACUCAACCUUUACUGUCAAUUCCAUUAUCAACCCCUUAUAAUAAUGAUAGUUCAAAUUCACUUUCAACUCCAGUUUCAGUUUCAAAUUCAUUCAACACCACCAAUAGUAUUAAUGCUAAUCCUCAUAUGAAUAUCCAUCAUAGUCUGAUUGGACAAAAGUAUGGCUCUUCAUCAAGUACAGGAAAUACUAGUCCAGCCACUAAUAAUAUCCAUCAAUCUACCAAAAUUACUAAACCUCAUCAACCAAAACCAACUAGACCAACUGCUAUCGUUCCUAGUACAAGUCAUAGUCAUAGUAAUAGUUAUAAUCAUACCAAUUCAAACUCCUCAUCCAAUGUUAAUAUUGCUGGUUCUAAUCCUCCUGGUAACAAUGCUAGUACUAAUUCUACCAAUUCUGGAUCUCAUUAUCAACCAAUACGACCAAAACGUCCUGAGAGUGUGUUAUCAAUUGCUUCAAAUUCUUCAAGCAGAUCAUUUGAUAUCAAUAAUGUGAAUAAUAAUAGUGGUAAUGGUAAUAAUCAUCUCAAUAAUGGUACUCAAAAUAGUUCUAUAAAUUAUACAAGUCAUACAAGUAUAAUAGCGGGUCCAGGAAGUCAUUUGGCUAAUAUGUCUCAGAAUCCAUCAUCCACGUUUUUAAAUGGUAAUUUACCUAACGCAUCUAAUUCUCAAGCUUUCCCUCCUAGUAUUCCUUUCCCAAGUUAUGAUAGUAGUGGUAAUAAUAACAAUGCCACUGCUUCGAGUACUGCAUCUUCGCAAUUUGGUGGAAGUGGAUUGAAUGAAAGUAAUAAUAAUCAAAAUGCCAAUAAUAAUGGUAAUACUGGUUUUGGUAUUAGUGGGGGUCCUUUAAUGGGAAAUAACCACGAUGGCCAUUAUCAUCAACAUCCAUUUGGUAGAAUUGGUUUAGGAUCUACUAAUUCAUCAACUAAUAAUAUUACUCGCUUAGAUGAAGAAAAUAUUAGUAUUCAUGAGAAUGAUUCAAGUUUUAAUAUUGAUUCUUUAUCAAAUAAUGGAUUUCAAAAUGGUAGUGGUAUUGAUAGUGAUUUUAUGGAUUCUGAAAAUUGGUUUAAUGAUUUAACGUCGGUAGAUAAUAAAAUUAGAAGAAAUACAUCUUUAUCAACUACAUCAUCCUUUGCUAACAUUUAUAGUAAUAGCACUUCCAAUAAUCCAUUCAGUGAACAUUCGACCAUCAAGAGACAAUCAAGUUUACCAAGAAGAUCAACUACUAAUGGUUUCACAGAUUUGACUAUAUCUAAUAGCGAUACUAAACUAUCUCACUCAAUUGCUAGAGCCAAUACUACUAAUUCUAUGUCGUCUGCUCAUGCUGCCAAUACUUCAACCGUAGCUUCUACUACUGGUGCUUCAAUUGGUGGUUCUUCUUCUGCUGCUGCAUACAUUGAUAAUUCAAUUUCAAUAACUCCACCACCAAAUAAUUCAGACAAUGAGUUAUCAUUCCCUCCAUUUCAACAAUUACCACUGCAACAAAGUGUAAAGGGUGGAAGUAUCUCACAAUCAGAAAGUAGUCAACGACAACAGUUACAACAACAUCAACAAGAACAGCAACCUGACUAUGAAUUUCAAGCUCCUAUGUUUUCUGAUUUAUUAUCACCAAUAUACGAUAGUAACAAGGCUCAAUAUGAUUAGAGACUAAAGCUUACGUUCCAACUUAUUUAUUCAUUCAUUCACUCAUUCUAACAUUUAUUUAUUUAUUCAUGAUAACGAAGACAAAGACAACAAAGGUAAAAAGUAAAAUAAAAUCAAAUUUACCGCCAUGAUGUUCCCUAUUCUUUUAUUUUAUUCUUUUUUUUUAUUAUUAAAUUAUUGGCUUUAUCUACCUAUACAAUUGUAAUUUACCUUUUAUGUUAUCAUUAUAUCGCUAUUAUAUAUUUCCUUCCCUUUCCAUCCCCUUUUCUUGGUUUUCUUCUCUUUGUAUUCUUAUUUCUAUGGUUUUAAUUUAGGUAUUUAUAUAGUU